GUGAGCUAGUGAUGGCUGGUGUGGGAACUCUAAUGGUGGACUGGGAUCGGUGGCCGUUGCAUCAGAAGAGGGGAAACCAUGCCUUUGUGAAGCUCUUCUUGUUCGUUUUCCUCUUAGGUUUCUCAUUCCGCGUUAUCUUCUUCUUCUUCUCUGAUUCCUUUGCCUCCUUGCCAUUAUCCCAGCCUGCGGAUGUAAAAGAUGGAAGGGAAUCUCUCCGAGAUUCCCAACCAGUGGAGGAUGGAGUAGCUUUGGAGCACAGGGUAGAGGAUUCUCAGAAAGAUAAGUGUGAUUUAUUCAAGGGAGAAUGGAUCUCAAACCCCUCAGGACCAGCUUAUACCAAUGAGAGCUGUCUUUUUAUCGAAUCUCCUCAAAAUUGUAUGAAAAAUGGGAGACCAGAUACAGGUUAUUUAUAUUGGAGAUGGAAGCCAUAUGGUUGCGAAGUUCCUCAGUUUGAUGCAAAGAAAUUUUUGGAUGUCAUGAAGGAUAAAUCCUGGGCAAUGAUUGGUGAUUCCAUUCUUCGCAACCAUGUUCAGUCAUUGAUUUGCCUUCUUGUUAAGGUAGAAGUGCCCAUUGAAGUCUAUCAUGAUAAAAUGUUCAGGUCAAGAAGAUGGCACUUCAGUGCUCACAACUUCACUCUUUCUGUUAUCUGGUCUCCUUUUCUAGUGAAGGCUGAAAACUUUGAUCACGAGAAUGGGGCAUCUAGCUCUAUAAUUGACCUUCAUCUUGAUAUACUCGAUGAGAAAUGGAUUAGUCAAUAUCAGAAUUUCAACUACAUUUUGAUUUCUGGAGGGCCAUGGUUCCUCAGGCCAGCAAUUUACUGGGAAAACAACAAAAUCAUAGGCUGCCACUCUUGUCAAGACAAGAACAACUUAUCAGAAAUAUCGAUGGAGUACUCUUUCCGCAAGGCCCUCCAGUUAGUUUUUAACUUCUUUGCAGUAUCAGAUCACAAGCCAUUCAUUCUUUAUAGGACGUAUCCGGUUGCACAUUUUGAAAAUGCUGAAUGGAAUCGGGGCGGGACAUGCAAUAGAACAGUACCAUACAAAGAAGGUGAAUUUAUGGGAACAGAUUUAGAGCAUCUAAUGCGGAAUGUUGAACUUGAUGAGUUUAAAAAUGCGGCUGUUAAUGUUGCUAGGCUGAAGCUCCUGGAUACAUAUAAACUUUCAUUACUUAGACCUGAUGGGCAUUCAGGUCCUUAUCGAACCUUCCAUCCAUUUGACAACAAAAACAACAGUGUGACAAUUCAGAAUGACUGCCUCCAUUGGUGCUUGCCUGGGCCAAUUGAUUCUUGGAAUGAAUUGGUAAUGGAGUUGGUAUUGAACAGAAGUUGAAAUAACAGUUGGAGAAGUGUUUUUGUUUUAUUGAGAAUUUUUUGGUGGUUGAUUUUCAUCAGUUUGUGACUUUUGAUUUCUGAAAGUAGCAUGUUCCACACCUGCAAAUUUCCAUUUCUGAUUCAAAUGUACAGAUUGAAAGGAGCUAGCCGAGUAACUGAUAUGUUUCACAACAAACAAAACAAACUGUGUGCUCCUUCAAGUCAUAGAAGUUGGUCCCUUCUUAAUUUCUUCCAGUCAAGGAAGUUAUUGAUUUGUAUUCUCAUUUCCCAUACAAUUAAUAAAACUUGAGAGUGAUAUCAACAAAACAAUGGGACUUUCACUAGCUUUUGCAUGUGCUCAUUGUGCUGUCUGAUAAGACUUUUGGAGCACUGCAUGUGCUUUUGGGUCCCAGUAUUGGUCCCAGAUCAAGUUGCAAGCAUUCAGAAGGACAACUGAUUGAAUGUCUCCUCCUAUGUGUUGUGGAAACAAAUCAAAUUAGGCUGGUGCUCUGCUAAAUCAGCAAAAACAUGGGGGACAUGCAACAAGGCAUUAGAAUUUACAGGACAAACAAAACAAAGCAUUUGAAAGAUGAGAAUUUUCUAUUCUUGAAUGAUUGCUUCCCU